CAGCUGAUACUCGAAGAGGAUGGACGUACAAUUUUAGUCGAUAGCUAUCGAUUUUGUUUCUUGGUCUAAAUUUUCCUAACGCACUUUGACAUACCAAAAUCUUGAGUUAUAAUUUGUUAAUAAUUAUUAUUACUUUUAAGUAAUUCAGAUUAUUUGUUCCGCUUAUUUUUCAAUAUUUUUUAGGUUUCUAUUAUAUUAUUAUUUGAAUUAUUCUAAGCACUGAAUUUCAGUACAUAACAAUCAUCCUGAGGUGUUCCGGUUCCACUUCGUCUCUAAAAGUGAACCAAUCAGUUUUGUGGAGUUGCGGCGUUUUGCAAGUACUCGUUUCUUGCAUCUAAAUAUUUCUAAACUUUAUUUAAUUACAAAAAAUAAAAUAAAGAUAAACUAUUAUGUCAGAUACCGAAAAAAAUAUACCCGAAGGUUGGGAAGUUCGCAAAAGUCGGUCAACGGGAUUGACUUAUUAUUUGAAUAUUUAUACAAAAGAAUCCCAGUGGGAUUUACCGUCUGAACCCGCAAAAAAGGAGUCGUCUGGUCCUAGUGAAGUGCGAUGUUCCCAUUUACUUGUUAAGCAUAAAGGUAGUCGCCGUCCUAGUUCAUGGCGCGAAGAAAAUAUUACACGAUCUAAAGAAGAAUCACGUGCGAUUUUAGAAGACUAUCGCAAGCAGAUUGAGUCUGGUGACACUACAUUAGCCGCAUUAGCAACGAAGUACUCGGACUGCAGCUCUGCUAAACGUGGCGGAGAUUUAGGUCCAUUUGGCAAAGGUCAAAUGCAAAAGGCAUUUGAAGAUGCAGCAUUUAGUUUGAAGGUUGGACAAAUGUCGAAAAUUGUCGAUACAGACUCCGGACUACAUAUAAUUCUACGUACGGAAUAAACAAUUUAUAUUAACAUUUAACGCUCCUACUCGUUUAAUUAACUGAAAUCGCAUUUAAAAAUUUCUAAUAAAUAAAGUUUUUUUAAAUUGUAAUUACGUUCAUAUUGUUAGCUAAACAAGUAAUCCAUUAAAAUUAUCAAAAAUACAUAUGAUAAAAUUAAAAUAAACCAAACGAUACUAUAUUAAAA